CAUAUUUAUAAUAUAAAAAACAAACAAGUUGAGAGGUACACAUUCCAUCGCAAUUAUUCAACUUUUUUUAAAAAUUACUGUCAACACUAUUAUGUCACCUCUGAUUUCAGCAACAGUCUCAGCUUCAAAAACCUAGCUUUUCAGGCCUUCUAACUACCUCCUUCACACCCCAGUUCACACCCUUCUUAUCACGAGUUAGGUCAUGCGUCAAUCAUGUGAUCGCAUGGAUAACAAUGGUAAGUGAAGGAUAAAACUGCUCAUGAAUUUAAAUUAUUACGUAAAGAAAGAGAAGCUCGCGAAAUCAGCCGUUGCGUUGUGGCAAUUUAACCUUAUCGCUCAAAAAAUUUAAUAAAAAAGAUAAAAAAACUCAAGUAAAGAAUGUCAACUGUUCCUGAAUCCUGUCAGUUGACUAAGAAAAAUUUAAAUGAAGAUAAUACUACAACUCAGAAUGUUCGUGGUUCUGUCAUUGGGGCCAUUAAGAAAGCGGUUUUUGUGAUUGGAACCGCUUUGAUCUUGUUUGGUAUUGUCCGUAACACAGUAACAUGGUACUUUGGUCUUAUUUGGGGCUCCUCUCAUGAUUUUUGGCAAAGAAAGUGGAAUGUAAUUUAUGAUGCUGUUGAUGGUGAUGAGUAUGUUCUUUCAAUUUUUGGAACAAAUCUUAUUGGAUUUUUGGUUUAUUGGCUUGCCAGUGCAUUUUUUUGUCUUGUUGACUUAACUGGGAGACCUUCAUGGGUUUUGCAAUUCAAAAUUCAAGACAAUAAAAAAGUACCAGUUGACAAAAAGAAAUUCAUAAAGGCUGUCCUCUUGGUUUUGUUCAACCAAUUUAUUUCCGUUCCAUUCUCUGUUCUUUUUUACUAUCUUUACAAGUGGCGUGGUUGUUCGUUUGGUCGCCAGCUUCCAUGUUUCCAAUGGGUUCUUUUUGAGAUUGGAAUGUUUACAAUGGUCGAGGAAGUUUUGUUUUACUACUCUCAUAGAUUACUUCAUCACCCUCGUUUGUACAAGCAUAUCCACAAAAUCCAUCAUGAAUGGACUGCUCCCAUCAGUAUCACAGCAGUAUAUGCUCAUCCUAUUGAACAUUUGAUCUCAAAUAUUAUUCCUGUUUUGAUGGGGCCAUUAAUUAUGGGAUCACACAUUGCUACAAGUUGGUUGUGGUUCUCUCUUGCUAUUUGUACAACCCUUGUUUCUCAUUGUGGUUAUCAUUUACCUCUAUUGCCAUCACCUGAAGCUCAUGAUUGGCAUCAUCAGAAGUUCAACCAAAACUUUGGAGUUCUUGGUGUUUUGGAUUGGUUGCAUGGCACUGAUGUCAACUUUCAACAGUCUCGUGCUUAUGCUCGUCAUUUGUGUUUCUUCAGUGUCACACCAAUGAAAGAACUGUACCCAGAUGAGCCUGCCAAAGGUUGCAAGAAAAACUGAACAAUUUCUUGCUUGUAAAUAUUAACCAGCAAUAAACAUAUUCCCAGGUUAUUUAUUUAAAGUUGCUGGAAUGGUGUGUGGACUCACUUAUUAACAUUUGUAUAUAGAAACCAUGGAAAUGUUAUUAGGUAUUAAAAGUGAGCAUUUAUAUCUUUA